UUAGUUGUGGCAAAAAGUACCGUCGUUUCGAGCUUGUUAUGCAAAACCCCUUUCCAUUCAACUUCAAUUGCAGUGGUGGAGCUUGAGGAGGGUUUUACAUUCGCGCGCAGCUGUCUCUCUCAUUUCGACGCUCCUCAUUGCGAACCUACUCAUCAAUGGCGGGGGUAAGAUUUGUUUAGAAUAUUCUAGCCAUUUCUAUGCUUAUUAAAUCCCUAAAACUCCACUAUUGAUUUUAAAGCCUUAUCAAACUUGUCAUGACCCAUUUGCUAAAGUGCAAAAGCAUCUCUAUACUCAAAUGGGUUUCUUCAAAUUUUGGUCAAAACCAACUUAAUUCCUCUAAAUCCCUAGUUUGGUCAUCUGGGUAUUCUUUCAUUUCUCCAAAUACUAAGCUUUAUAGAACAAAAAGAGUUGUUCAAACUGAAGACUCUGAAAUUUUUGACCAAUUAGAGACUGACAAGGUUGUUAGAAUUCCUCGUGCUGUUAAGAAAGAAGCCCAAGCUGCACUUUUGGAGUAUUUUUAUUCUACUAGAAACUUACAGUUUCUUGAUGCAGAGAAUAUGAGUAGAAACUCGCCUCUUUUCUUGUCAAAGCUUUUGAAACAGGUUAAUACUGAGGCUGAGAUUGGUCGGUCUAUUGCAAGAUUUUUGUGUUACCAUCCCGUUAAUGAGUUUGAACCUUUCCUUGAAAGCUUGGGGUUGAAACCUUCAGAGUAUGCUCAUCUUCUUCCCCGUAAUUUGAUGUAUUUGACUGAUGCUCGUUUGUUGCUUGAGAAUUAUUAUGUGCUGUGUGGUUAUGGAUUUGCACGCCAUAAGAUAGGAAAAAUUUAUAAAGGAGCUACAGAAGUAUUCCACUCUGAUGUUCAGAUUUUGGUGUCAAAACUCAGAGCUUAUGAGAAACUGGGUUUUAGUCAAUCAACUGUAGUAAAGUUAAUCAUUUCUAGUCCUUAUCUUUUGAUUGGGAAUGUAAGUGCAGAUUUUGUUAAGGUAUUGGAGAGAAUCAAGAGUUUUGGAUUUGAAAUGGUAUGGUUCGAGAACAAUUUGUUGGAGGAUGAUGAUUACAAUUGGAGUCGCAUGCUUGAACUUUUAGGUCUGUUAGCAAAGAUGGGGUUGACCGAGGCAGAGAUGGCUGAAAUACUUGGUCAGCAGCCGGAUAUUUUGUUUGAGGAUUCAGGGGACAGGACAAUCUUACUAGUUGGGUUGCUAUUGAAAUUUGGAUACUCAAUGAACCAAAUAGGCCCUAUGUUUCUGCAGUUUCCACAGUUUCAAGUUGGAAAGUUUGUUUCAAAUUUGAGGAGAUGCUUUGUCUUCUUGAAUGAAAUCGAGAUGGAGACGACAAAGAUCGGGAAUUUUUUACGUUCUCACACACUGCUGGUGGGUUCAUGUUGUUUGAAGAGUGCUAAUAGUUUACUUACGUAUUUGUGUGUUGGGAAGAAGAGACUUUGUAGUUACAUCCAGAAGAACCCACAUGAGUUGAAGAACUUUGUUUUGGGAGCAAAAGUUGAGCGACUUCCAAGCUUAGAGGAGGAUUCUGAAUCAAAACUGCACAAGAACAAGUUUUUGUUAAACUUGGGAUAUGUAGAGGACUCGAAUGAAAUGAAGAAGGCGCUAAAGGUGUUCCGAGGCAAAGGAGGGGAGCUUCAAGAGAGAUUUGACUUCAUAAUGAGUUAUGGAUUGGAACAUGAUGAGGUCCGUGAAAUGGUUAAAGUUUCACCCCAAAUUCUUAACCAGUCGAAGAGCGUGAUUGAGACCAAGAUUGAUCUUCUUGUAAAGGAGCUAGGUUAUCCUAUAUCAGCUUUAUGGGUAUUCCCUUCGCUUCUCAACUAUACAGUAGAAAGGGUCAAGCAUAGGGUAUCUAUGUAUGAUUGGCUUAAAAGUCAAGGAAUGGCAGAUCCUGUGCUAGCUUUGAGCACCAUUGUUGCAUGCUCGGAAACACAAUUUGUUAAGCAAUAUGUAAAUCGACAUCCUAAUGGCCCUCAAGCUUGGCAAGAUUUGAAGAAGAGAUUUUUUUUCCAAACAAAUAAAUAACAUUCUUUCAUAAUUAAAGUUGUUUGGCUCCCAAUUUUGAUAUGAAAGUUAUUGGUUUUGUUGCUUAAAA